AUAACUAUGGUAAUAUCUUGUACCUCACAUACUGUCAGAAUGCUUUUACCGAGGCUGUUCAUCUUUACAGUGCUGGCUGCAGCACUUCAUGCUAUUCCAGUUUCAACUCGUAUUCAUGAGGUUGAAGAUGAACCAAAUGUCAACCCUUUCAUCAAUCUUGGAGCAAAAACCAGGCUGAUUGAGGGAGACAUAGCCCUACCUCCUGGUCGGGUUGGUCUUAUUGACACAGCAUUCAGGUGGAAGUUCCCUAUUCCAUACAUUCUAUCUGACAGCCUGGACCUUAAUGCAAAAGGUGCUAUCCAUCAGGCAUUUGAAAUGUACCGUCUAAAAUCAUGUGUUGAUUUCAAACCCUAUGAAGGAGAGAAGACAUACAUCAAAUUUGAGAAAAGAGAUGGGUGCUGGUCUUAUGUUGGAGAUCUACAGAACGGACAGUUGCUUUCUCUGGGGCAAGGCUGUGACCACAAGGCUGUGAUUGAGCAUGAACUGCUGCAUGCCCUGGGGUUUUACCAUACGCAGUCUCGCCAGGAUCGAGAUGACUAUGUGAAGAUCUGGCUAGAUCAGGUCACUGAAGGCAUGGAGCAUAACUUCAACAAAUAUGAUGACAGUUUUGUCACAGAUCUAAAUACACCAUAUGACUACGAAUCUGUUAUGCAUUAUCGUCCAUUCGCUUUCAACAAAGACCCCAGUAUUCCUACCAUCACGACCAACAUCCCAGAGUUCUUCAACAUCAUAGGGCAGUACCUGGACUUUAGUGAGAUGGAUGUUGUCAGACUGAAUCGAAUGUACAACUGCUCCUCUUCUCUUACCCUGCUGGACCAGUGUGCUUUUGAAAACAUAAACAUUUGUGGGAUGGUACAGAGUUUGACUGACGAUGCUGAUUGGGUCCAUCUUAAGAGCUCUCCUGGCUCUGAGGAUCAUACUCUCAGUGGACAAUGCAGAGAUUUAGGAUAUUCUAUGCACAUUGACACCUCCACUGGAAGUGCAGAACAAUCCGCUCUCCUUGAAUCCCGCAUCCUAUAUCCUAAGAGGAAGCUGCAAUGCCUCCAGUUUUUCUACAAAAUGACAGGGAGUAUAAAGGACAGGCUAGUAAUUUGGGCCAAGAUGGAUGAUGGAACAGGAACCGUGCGAAAAUUAAAGAAACUGCAUACAAUUUGGGCUGACGAAGACAAAACAUGGAAGAUUGCGCAUGUGUCAAUGCAGAUAGGGGCAAAAUUCCGCUAUGCCUUCCAGGCGAUGAAAGGAGACCCUGCCAACUCUGGAGGAGGCAUAUUCAUUGAUGAUAUCAGCCUGACAGAGACCCACUGCCCAGCCGCUGUCUGGCGCAUCCAGAACUUCUCGAGCAUCCUGGAAACAGCCGACUACAACACCGUGCUGACCAGCCCUCGUUUCUACAGUCCUGAGGGUUACGGUUAUGGUGUUCAAGUACGGCCACUGUCUGGCUACUCCGAUUACACAGGCAACUACACUGGUCUGUAUUUCCAUCUGGCCAGUGGUGACAAUGACAUUGUGAUGCAGUGGCCUGCUGUGAACCGCCAGGCCACCAUAGUGGUGAUGGACCAGGAUCCAGACAUUAAGCUGAGGAUGUCCUCUGCUCGUAGCCUCACCACUGAUAUGACCACAGUCAAUGAAAACCAACUAAUAUGGGACAAUCCAAGAAAGGUUGGGACCUUUGACCCAAGCUGCCAGUGUUAUCGAGGAGAGUCAAAGGGAUGGAGGACUUUCAUAAAACACUACGACUUGCGCAGGCGCAAUUACCUGAAAAAUGAUGACCUCAUCAUCUUUGUUGACUUUGAGGACUUAACAAGCCUGAUAAACAGUGAAGUUCCGGUUGCACCAAAGAAUUGAGGCAGCUAAGUCUGUGUCAGUCUUUAAAGUCUGAAGAGUGAAAGCUGUGUGCAUUGUGGACAACGUCAUCUAAAACACUUUAAAAAUGGAAUUAUGAUAGUAAUUCUGUGCUACAAAAAUGUGUUUGAUAACUCACUCUGUACUCUUACCUUUUAAACAUUCCCAAUAAAGUCUCAAGUUAAACUCUUUUGCCAAAUG